GGCACCUCUCCCUCUCCCUCUCCCUCUCCCUCUCCCGCUCCCGCUCCCUCUCCCUCUCCCCCUCUCCGCGGAGCAGGGGCGGUUUCGCUUUCCUUUUCUCCCGCCGGCCCCAAGUUUCGUUUCCCCCGCGCUCGCCCGGCCCAGCCCGGCCCGGGGCGGGGGGCUGCGGCGUCCCGGCCCCGUGAGGAGACGAGCGGAGCGCUGCGGGCCUGCUGCUCUGCGCGGCCAUGACGGCGGAGGAGAAGCGGGGCCUGCAGUGCUACCGGCGGCUCAUCGAGAGCACCCUGAACCCCGUGUACAUCCUGGGCAACAUGACGGACUGGCUGGCGGAUGUGGUCAGAGAGAGGAUUCAGAAGGAGGAGGAGAAGGGGGUGACGGCGGCCGCCGCGCUGUUCCUCGACGUCAUCCUGCAGCUCGAGGCCCGGGGCUGGUUCAGGGGCUUCCUCAACGCGCUGGUGGCGGCAGGUUACACUGGGCUGGCAGAAGCAAUUGAAAACUGGGACUUCAGAAAACUGGAAAAACUGGAGUUACACAGACAGCUGCUGAAGCGGAUAGAAGCCACAAUGAUAGAAAUUGAUCCAGUAGUGCUGAUCCCCUACAUAAACACAUGCCUGAUAGACAGGGAGUGUGAGGAGAUUCUGCAGAUUAGCGAACACAGGAGCAAACCAGCAGGCAUAACUAAACUCAUUGAAUGUCUCUGUCGAUCAGAUAAGGAAAACUGGCCCAAAAGCCUGCAGCUAGCACUAGAUAAUACAGGAUAUUACCGUGCAAGUGAACUAUGGGAUAUGACAGAAGAUAAUGGCAAAGAUACUGAUAGUGAAAUGAUGGAGACUUCUGAGGACAGCUUUGAAACUAGUAUAACGUAUUCUGAAGAAGGAGAAUGUGAUAAUAAUCUCAGUGAAAAUCUCUGUUCAGCUGCAGAAGUGAUUGAGCAGUCUCCACCUAUUUAUGAACCAAAGAAGCCUCGAAGUUAUCAAAUUGAGCUUGCACAGCCUGCUAUCAAUGGGAAAAAUACAAUAAUAUGUGCCCCCACUGGCUCUGGGAAAACCUUUGUGGCGCUUCUGAUUUGUGAACACCAUCUCCAAAACAUGCCUGUGGGACGAAAGGGAAAGGUUGUCUUUCUAGCAACUAAAGUCCCAGUGUAUGAGCAACAAAAAACUGUUUUCAAGCACCAUUUUGAAAGAAGUAGAUACUCCGUUGAAGGAAUUAGUGGUGAAACCGUUGCACGUGUCUCUGUAGCAAAGGUUAUACAGGACAGUGACAUCAUCAUACUGACCCCCCAGAUCCUCGUGAAUAGCUUUCAGGACGGGACCCUUAGCUCUCUCUCUGUUUUCACUCUGAUGAUAUUUGAUGAGUGCCACAACACCACGGGCAACCACCCUUACAACGUGUUAAUGACUAAAUAUCUGGAACAAAAAUUUGACUCCUCUGCACAUCAGCUGCCUCAGAUUAUAGGUUUAACUGCCUCCAUUGGAGUCGGUAGCGCCAAAAACACCGAAGAGGUGAUAGAGCAUAUCUGUACGCUGUGCUCCUACCUGGACAUACAGACCAUAUCCACUGUCAGAGAGAACGUAGAGGAUCUGCAGAGCAUCGUAUACAAGCCUGAAAUAGAUGUCAGACAGGUUAAAAUGCGACUUCAAAAUCGUUUUGUGGACAUUAUCUCAAAUUUGAUGGCUGAGACAGAGGCACUGAUGAGAACGAUUUACUCAGUGGACACUGUCUCCCAGGUUGCUUGGAAUAAUUUUGGAACACAGAAAUAUGAACACUGGAUAGUUAAAACUCAGAAGAAAUGCAAACUGUUGCAACUAGCUGAUAAGGAGGAGGAGAGCAGGAUUUGUAGAGCCCUUUUCAUUUGUACUGAACACCUGAGGAAAUUCAAUGAUGCCCUCAUCAUCUGUGAAGAUGCCCGCAUCCAAGAUGCUUUAGCCUACCUAACAGAAUUUUUCACAAAUGUUAAAAAUGGACCAUUCACAGAGCUAGAGCAGUGCCUGACAGCCAAAUUUCAAGAUAAAGAAGAGGAGCUGAUUGCCCUUUCAAAAGAUGAAUCAAACGAGAAUCCUAAACUGGAAGAGCUUGCCAGCAUCUUGGAUGACACAUACCGCUAUAACCCAGAGACCCGCACUCUUCUCUUUGCUAAGACAAGAGCCUUAGUAGCUGCUUUGAAGAAGUGGGUAGAAGAAAAUCCUCUACUUAAUAGCUACAUAAAGCCAGAUGUUUUGAUGGGGCGUGGAAGAAACAAUCAGAAAACAGGUAUGACCCUCCCAAGCCAGAAGGGUGUAUUGGAUGCUUUCAAAACCAAUAAGGACAGCAAGCUGCUAAUUGCUACAUCUGUUGCUGAUGAGGGCAUUGAUAUUGCCCAGUGCAACCUUGUUGUGCUCUAUGAAUACUACGGCAAUGUCAUCAAAAUGAUCCAAGUCAGAGGUCGUGGAAGGGCAAGAGACAGCAAGUGCAUCCUUGUGACAAACAAAAGAGAAGUCGUUGAGUAUGAGAAAUACAACCGUUACAAGGAAGAAAUGAUGAAUGAAGCUAUUGGAAAGCUCCAGACAUGGGAUGAGGCAACAUUUGCAAGAAAGAUAUAUAACCUGCAAAUGAAGGAAAAGGUAUUACGAGAUUCCAAGAAGAAAGAUACAAGACCAAAGGUAAUGGAAGGCAAAAAAAAUCUCCUGUGUGGAAAAUGCAAAUCAUAUGCUUGCAAUACAGACGACAUCAGAGUUAUAAAGGAAUCUCAUCACACUGUUCUUACCGAAGCAUUCAAGGAGCGUUACAUAACAAAGCUUCAUGAGAAACCAGUCCAGUUUGAUGAUUUUAUGAAAAAAAGCAAGAUGUAUUGCAAGAAUACUAAUUGCCAGCAUGACUGGGGAAUCAUAGUGAAGUACAAGACGUUUGAUAACCUACCAGUGAUCAAAAUCAAAAGCUUUGUAGUGGAGGAUGUUGCAACCGGGACUCAAAUGGAUUUUCAGAAAUGGAGAAAUGUUAAUUAUUCUUUCAAAAUUUUUGAUGUUGAAGAAAUGUCCAGCUGAACUCAGCAUUUUAGUGCAUGUAUCACCUUCCUGCACUAAGCUUAAAGAGUGGAUGGUCUCCCAUUUCCUAGCUUAAAAAAUACUUCUUCUGUAUCCGAACAUGUUAGGUCCCCCCAUCAGCAUCUCAUUAGAUUAAACAGCAAUUUUUUUUUUUGGCCAUACUAGCCUUAUCUCAUGAAAUGAUGUCCUAGAUAUAAUCCUUGCUGUUAUGAAAUAUUCACUUGGAGCCUGGAAUAAAUGAAAUCAAACUGUAUGACUAAAACAUCUUUUAGGCAACAGACCACAGCUCCAGGUAUUUGUGUGUGCAUUUUAACUGAUUUAGCAAUAUCUAGUAGUUGUAUUAUAUCUCUAUGCAGAUAACAUGGUUUAUGUAAAUUAACACAAAGCACUACUUCAGCUACUUAUAAAACUUAUUUUAAAAUACUUUCAAUGCUCUAGAAAAAUUAGAGGGACUGUCCAAUUCCUUUUCCGUAAGGAAAAGAUUGCAUCUUUUAAGUCCAUUUUUAACAGGGAAUUCUGCUGCAGCAGUCUGGAAAAGCAGAAGAAGGGUUUUGUAUAUUCUACUUGGAGCAGGUUUCUUCUGGAUUAAAAUAGUAAGACUGUUUUCUUCUAUCAUUAUGUGCUUAUCAAUUUGCUACUGCUAAAGCUGCAGAAUGGAUUACCUUUCUAUGUGUUGCUUAACUUCACAAGCCCCAAGGGGGACAAAGCGCUGUCUUGUAAGAUGGGUGAAAGCCUAGUUUAGAUGGUGAUUAGCAGUUACCCUUAUGUUUUGUCUCAGAAGUUGAUGGUAUUUGAAAUUUCUCAGGAUGUUCGCAUCAAUUCUAUAGUCCCCCGUCAGAGAAGAUCUAGAAUUGGAAUUGAGCCUAAGCAUUAGUUUGCUUACAUCUUCUCCCCACCAGAGCCCAGGCUGACAUUGCUACAGCUGUGAUUACGAAACAUGAAGCUUUGAAAUAUCUAUCUUCAUAGAACUCAGUCUUCAAUGUUUCUGGGACCAAGAUGAAGGGGAAUUUUCUGUCUACUUAAAACAUUUGAUAGCACUGUCAGAUAUGUACGUAGACUUAUGUAUCUUAAAGAAAGGUAACUUUUUCUGUAAAAGCUCUCUAUACUAUACAGAAAUCCCACAUUUCAGUCCUACGGUGACUCAUUCUGUGCUUGGCUCCUACUUAGUAAGUUCAUUGUUCUCAUAGUUGCUUCCAAAAAGAAAACACAAAAUAAUGGAUAAAAAUGAUUUAUGGUUGGAUAAUGCCUCUUCCUCGCCUCCAAAAAAUGUCAGGAACAAAGAUUUUGGAAAAAGCUGGUUUAGAAAUUUCAAAUACCAGAUAUAUGGAGAGUCAUAGUCUUUUCUGUAUGUUAAGGCAUGCAUCAGUUUGCUGUGUGAAAGGGCCAUCAACUUUUGGACUCUUGCAAUAAAAAAUAAUCAGUGUUGA